AUGCCCAAAGCCAAAACCAAAUCAGCAGUCCGAAAAGCAGCAAAACCGUCGGGGCCUUCCAAUGACGCUCCAUCGCAGCAACCAUCCGCGGAGACGGACCCGCUCCAACACGACGAGCCCACUAAAGGUGCCAAAUUCGAAUGGACCAGUAGCGGCCGUGAAUACUACCGAAGAAUAUUGAGAUGGAUCCCCAGCAGUCCAACCCGCGAGUCCCAGAAGCUCGCAGCGAUAGACAAGAGCGCUGUGGCGGUCCUGGCCGCGUUAGCCGCUCGUGGAAUCUUUGUCAAAUCUGACACCUGGAACACCAAUGGAGAGGGCAGUAGCAGCACAGCUGCUGACGUUUUUCAUGUUGAAAUCGAUCGCCGCUCCGAAUCUCAUCCGCGCAAGUUUGACACUCUGGUUCAACUCCCUGGGUCGCCAGCCGAAGAGAUGCUAAAAGCAUUCGCCAACAUUACUCCAAAGUCAAUGGAAAAGCCGCUGAGAGCUCUUGAGCAAUAUUCAGAACCGCCAGAACCGUCAGAAUCGCCAUCACACUGACAACGCGGCGCUCAUGCCCAUGUGGAAGGCACCAAAUGACACGGAUACCUCGCUUUAUUGGCUGCGUUCUUUUGAAGAAGCCUAAAGACCCAGGGCGGGUGCUUCGUAAGAAGCGCAUCAUUUUGCAAAAAACACUCUUUGCUUUUCUGGUACAAUACUUUUGCAUGGCAGUAUGCUCAAACUGUAUAUCUUUAUUGUAAAUCUGGGUGCGUUCAAACCCAUUGCAAAUAAAUCUUGUGUGUAUUAUCUA